GAUUUUCUUGUUUAACAAUAGUUUGUCACUGAUUUUGCGCUGGAAACAACUGACGUGAUUUAAUAUUUUGUGGUAGAAUUUUGGUAACUACUUAUAAUUGGGGAUUCAAAUUUUACAAGAUGUUGCACAACUUGCUAGCACUAGCAGCAGUUGCCGUGCUGGUGGCGGGUCACGGGCGCGUGCUGGGCCCACCGUCCCGCGCCUCCAUGUGGCGAAGCGGGUUCGCCACGCGCGCCAACUAUGAUGAUGACGGCCUCAACUGCGGGGGCUUCGCGAGGCAGUACCAAAUGAAUGAGGGGAAAUGCGGCCUUUGCGGAGAUCCCUAUGACGAAGCCGAACCAAGACCUCAUGAGCUCGGAGGUAUAUUUGGCGAGGGCAUCAUAGUAGCUGACUACGAAGCAGGACAAGUAAUCAAUGUGACCGUCCACAUAACAGCUUACCACAGAGGAUACUGGAUUUUCAAGCUCUGUCCAGACCCAAAAAAUACUGACCAAUCAUGCUUUGACGAAUACCCUCUUGAACUUGAAGACGGUGGCUUCCGGUUCUACCCCCCACAAGGAGGAAUUUACUCCUUAAACUACCGUCUACCCAAAAGAUUAGAUUGUGAACACUGUGUGUUACAAUGGCGGUACAUUGCUGGUAACAACUGGGGAAUCUGUGAUGAUGAGACCUCAGGGUUGGGAUGUGGAAACCAGGAAACUUUUGGAGCCUGUUCUGAUAUAUCGAUCAGGCCUGGUGUUGAGAGAUUCCCUAUAGAAGCUGUGCCGUUAGAUGGAAUCGACCAAGGUUUGCUCGAUCUUCUAAGAAACAUGAUCCUUAGACCGCCGCCGAAGAAAUACAACUCGAAAUACAGUUUGAAGAAAAAGAAAAAUCACCGCCAACCUAGGUCUAGAAAUAAACAUAACAGAAAACGGAAAAAGGUACCUCAAUCCUAUUAAAGGUACCUUUUUGGCAAAUGUAUUAAGAAACCUAGAAUACCGAUGUGAACGUAAGUUAAGGACGACUAUAUAA